AUGGCCUCUUCAAAGUCACAACAGUUCUUCCAUACCUCGGGCGCAACCGACGCGGUCUGGGUCCAUCAAGAUCCUGUGUCCAACAGACCUUUGUUCACAAAACUGAGCCAGGAUAUCGAAACCGAUGUGUGUGUUAUCGGUGGCGGUAUAGGAGGAAUAUCCACCGCAUACGAACUCGUAAGCCGAGGCCGCAAAGUCGUCCUUCUCGAAGCCCGCCAGGUUCUAUCCGGAGAAACCGGUCGCACCAGCGGACAUUUGACCAACGACUUGGAUGAUGGCUAUGUCGAGAUUGCAAAGAAGCACGGUGAUGCAGGUGCCAAGGCUGCCGCAGAAAGUCACGCUUGGGGACGAGAUCGUGUUGGCGAAAUUUCAAACCUGCUUGGCAUUGACUGCGAAUAUCGCAAGUUACCGGCAUACGAAGUGUCUCAGUACUCUACUCAAGAAAAAGAGCACGAAGAUGAGAUGAAAGAAUUGAGAAAGGAAGAGGCAGCGCAAAGAAAGUUUGGUAUCGAUUCUAGAUUUGAUGAAACACUAACGAUUCGCGGAUGGGAUGGAGCCGUCAACCAGCGAGGAGGACUCGUAAUCAAAGACCAAGCUACCUUUCACCCAACAAAGUAUCUCAACGGAGUCCUCAAAUGGCUCAAGUCACAGCCUGACUUCCGCUGUUUCGACCAAACACGAGUCAUGUCGGUCGAAGAAAAGGGUAUCGAGAUUUUGGGAAUCGGCAACAAGUCCGUCAUUGUACAGACCUCAGAUGGCAAUUCGGUCAGGUGCAACGACGCCGUCGAAGCCACUUGUGUUCCUCUGCAGAAAUUGAGUGUCAUCGCACAGAUGGAGUUUAUGCGAACGUACUGUAUCGCAGCCAGAGUACCCAAGGGCUCGAUUGAGGACUGUCUCCUUUAUGACCAGGCUGACGAGUACAAAUACAUCCGCUUGACAGCCUGCGACGAUGAAAACGAUUAUAUCGUCGUUGGAGGCUGUGAUCACAAGGUUGGCCAGGAAGACACCACUACUGAGUUUCAAGAGCUGGAGACGUGGACUCGCGAGCGUUUUUCGCAGGUUGGCUCUGUUGACUAUCGUUGGAGUGGGCAGAUAUUUGAGCCAGUGGACUUUAUGCAGUUUGUUGGCAAGAACCAGGGCAACGACCACAUCUACAUCAUCACGGGUGAUUCCGGCGACGGUUUGACAGCUGGAGUGUUGGCUGGUAGAUUGAUUGCAGAUGAGAUUGACGGAGUUGAGAAUCCAUGGGCUGCGGUUUACUCUCCCAAGCGCAUUGCUUCUGUGUUAAAGUCACUGCCCAGCAUGAUAUCGCACGACUUGCAGAUCAAUGCGCAGUACAAGAGGUUUUUGGAAUCUGACCUUGCCGAUAUUGAGGAUCUGGGUCGCGGGAUGGGUGGUGUUUUGAACAAGGUUGGAUCAAAGCCCAUCGCGGUGUACAAGGACGAAGAGGGAAAUAUUAAACAGUACAGCGCUUUAUGUCCGCAUAUGAAGGGUGUUGUCUGCUGGAAUACGACUGAGAAGAGUUUCGAUUGUCCUGUGCAUGGAAGCCGAUUCUCUCGAGAGGGGAUUUGUGUGAUGGGGCCUUCCAAGGGAAACUUGGAACCAGUUGAUGAUGCUGGCAAGGCCGAUCAAGAGAACGUAGCUGGUAGUUAG